UGUGCGUGUUCUCGCGGUAUUUGGAGAAAGAGGAGCAGGUAGAGAGGAGUUGGGGGAAGGAACCCCCGAGCGGCUGCAAAGGAAGCCACGGCAUCGGCGGCCGGGAGGACGGCGGCGGCGAUUUCUCCCCACGUUCUCGCGAGAGUUGGUGGCUAACCUUCUCCCUUGCUCACUUUUCUACCUUUCCUCUUCUCCCCCAACCCCUCCCCCCACCUGAACCUGGAAGCGGCUCCGUUUCGCUCUGGGAAGUACUAGGAGAAAGAGGAAGGUCGGGGUCCCGGCUUGGCGGCCUCGCUUGAGACUCAGGCUGAGGGCAGGGGAGCCCCCUCGGUGGGAACGCCUUGGCCCAGGGGCCCAGGGGUUUUCCCACACAGCCAGGCUUUGGGGCGGGUGGAGGUGUGACCAUCUCCCCGCCCCCGUGCUCUCUUCUCAGGAACUUAGGGGGUGUUUGAGGUAGGAGCUAAGUCCGACCCUCAUCUUUCUUUCCACGGGGGCCUUGAGUUAGUGGGGAGGAGGUACCCCUGACCAAGAGGAGCACGUUGCUUAAAUAUUUGAGUGGCUUAGAAACGAAAGGGCCUAUUGUUUGGGAGACCCCUGCUUCAGACAACUGGGGGUGGGGUGGGGUCUUUUUCUGAAGGUCUCUUUUUGUGGGGGGUGAGCAGCAGGUUGGAGAACUCCCAAACUCCUUGCCCAUUUACAAAGGGACCUAAGAGCAUCUUAGUGCUCCUGGCGUGUUUAUGUUCUGAAACUGGUGGAUAACUGAGGUAGGGUACUUGUUCAGGGUCUUAACAACCCACUCCUUCCAUCCUACCUUUGAAGUCUAAGAACAGGGGACAUUCUUGCCAUUGCUGCUUGUCCCUUAUUCAGAGGGUUGCGGGUAGCCUGUGGGGCGACUUCUCCCGUAAUAUACUUUGUCGACCCAGGUCCUUGUAAAGAAACCACAUUCAGCCCCAUGUAGGAGAGAGAAGGGUGGGUUGAAUGUAGGAAAAGGUAACGAAAGUGAAAGCAGCCCUUCUGUUUUAGAAGCGGGUAAGUUGAGGUUUAGACUUAGGGGUUUUUGGAGGUUUCCCCCCUCUUUUCAAGCACAGUGGAGAAGGAAUGCCAAACCCAGAGAGACAUGGGGGUAAGAAGGAUUCAGGAGGAGGGGGGUCCUUGUAUCAAGAAGCAGUGUCCAGCAGUGGCAGUUCAAACAGCAAAGAGAGGCACCGACUCUCCAAGCACAAACGACACAAGUCCAGGCAUUCCAAAGACUCGCCGAUGGGGGCCCAAGAAGCUGGAGCACCACUCGGCAGCAUGAUCAAGCCAUUGGUGGAGUAUGAUGAUAUCAGCUCGGACUCGGACACCUUUUCAGAUGAAGCAGUCGUCAAGCUGGAACGCAGGGAGAAUGAUGAGAGAAAAGGGACAUCGGAAAGGAGUGACCGGCUACACAGGCAUCGGCAUCAUCAACACAAGCGAGUCCGUGAGUUGAUGAAAAGCAAGCUGGUAGACAAGGAGAAGAGGCUGGACAGGAACCAAGACUCCUCAGGCAAGUUGAGUUCCACUAAAGAAAGGGUGUCGGGGGCCUCCAAAAAGCUGCAUGAGGAGAAUGAUGACCAUUCAUCUAAGUCACUCAAGAGCAGCAGCAAGGAGUCCCGGUCAGCCAAAUUGCACAAGGAAAAGUCCAGGAAAGAACGAGAGACAAAGUCCGGUCACAAAGACCGUAGCAAAAGUCAUCGGAAAAGGGAUGCUCCUAAAAGUUACAAAUCGCUGGACAGUCCAAAGCGGAAAUCCAGAAGUCCCCAUCGCAAGUGGUCAGACAGUCCCAAGCAGGAUGAUAGCCCCUCAGGAGCAUCUUACACGCAGGACUAUGAUCUCAGCCCUCCACGCUCACACACAUCCAGUAACUAUGAUUCCUACAAGAAGAGUCCCGGUGGGUCUUCACGGAGACCAUCAGUCAGCCCACCAUACAAGGAACCUGCUGCAUACCAAUCCAAUAUGCGCUCUCCCAGCCCUUACGGCAGGCGGCAGCGGUCGGUCAGCCCAUACAGUAGGAGGCGUUCAUCAAGCUACGAGAGGGGAAGUGGGUCUUACAGUGGAAGGUCGCCUAGCCCAUUCAACCGAAGGCGCUCCAGCAGUCCUUUUGUUUCCAAGCGGUCGCUGAGUCGAAGUCCUGUGUCCAGGAAGCCAGUGAAGUCUCGAAGUAGAAGUCCUGCUUACUCGAGGCACUCAUCUUCGCAUAACAAAAAGCAGAGAUCUGGGUCCCGCAGUCGGCAUUCCAGUAUCUCACCUGCCCGGCUACCAUUGAACUCCAGCCUGGGAGCUGAACUGAGUAGAAAGAAAAAAGAGAGGGCUGCUGCUGCAGCAGCCGCAGCAAAGGUUGAUGGGAAAGAGAGAAAGGACUCUCCUAGUGUUUUAUCUAGGAAAGAAAAUAGUUUGGCUGAAGUUAAAGAGCCAGCGGUUGAGGCCAAAAAGGCAAAAACGGCUAAACCUGAGAAGUGCCCUUCUGACAUUGAGUCAGCAAAUGUCACACAGCACAACACAGAGACAAAAACUACUUCUGAGCCCCUAAAAACAAAGGCAAUAGAGAACCACGAGAAGAAACCUCCUGCUUCAGUUAAAGACUCAAAAGCAUUGGGAACAAAAGAUAUGAAACUUGCAGGCGGAAAGGAGGAAACUGUGACUCCAAAGGAAGCAGAGACAGCCAAGCAAGAGGUCCCACCUCUUUUGCCUUCUGUUAAGUCACUACCUCCUCUGCCAACGUCGUCGCCCCCUGCUCAGGCUCCUCCUCCGUUACCCCCUUUGCCUCCAUCACCAGUUAUUCCCCCUCUGCCGCCUGCCCAGUCACCUGCCACUCACACCCCUCCAUUGUGUCUGCCGUCGUCUACCCACUCCAGGACAUCUCUGACUACUCAGGCUAACACUCAACCCACCACGCAGUCCUCCUUAAAGACACAUGUAUCUGUGACAACUGCUGUUCCGCAUCUGAAAACUUCAACGUUGCCUCCGCUUCCUUUUCCACCUGUCUUGCCUGGGGAAGAUGACAUGGAUAGCCCAAAGGAGAUUGUUCCCUCAAAACCUGUGAAGAAGGAGAAAGACCAGAGACCACGACACUUGCUCACGGACCUCCCACUUCCUCCAGAGCUUCCUGGUGGAGACCCUUCCCCUCCAGAGUCUCCAGAACCAAAGGCAGCCACACCACCUCAGCAACCAUGUAGAAAGAGACCAAAAAUCUGUUGUCCUCGUUACGGUGAAAGGAGGCAGACGGAAAGUGACUGGGGAAAGCGCUGCGUGGACAAAUUUGAUAUCAUUGGUAUUAUCGGCGAGGGGACCUAUGGGCAAGUGUACAAAGCCAAGGACAAGGACACAGGCGAGUUGGUGGCUUUGAAGAAAGUGCGGCUGGACAAUGAAAAGGAGGGCUUCCCCAUCACAGCCAUCCGUGAAAUCAAAAUUCUCCGGCAGUUAAUUCACCGCAGUGUUGUCAACAUGAAGGAAAUCGUCACAGACAAACAAGAUGCACUGGAUUUCAAGAAGGACAAAGGUGCCUUUUAUCUUGUAUUUGAAUAUAUGGACCAUGACCUCAUGGGAUUGCUAGAAUCUGGAUUGGUGCAUUUCUCAGAGGAUCACAUCAAGUCUUUCAUGAAGCAGUUGAUGGAGGGGCUCGACUACUGUCACAAAAAAAACUUUCUACAUCGAGACAUAAAAUGCUCCAACAUCUUAUUAAACAACAGUGGGCAGAUCAAGCUGGCCGACUUUGGGCUUGCCCGGCUCUACAGUUCAGAAGAAAGCCGUCCAUAUACCAAUAAAGUCAUUACAUUAUGGUAUCGACCACCUGAGUUGCUGCUAGGCGAGGAACGUUACACUCCGGCCAUUGAUGUCUGGAGCUGCGGCUGCAUCCUUGGGGAACUAUUUACAAAGAAGCCUAUUUUUCAAGCCAAUCUUGAGUUGUCCCAGCUUGAAUUAAUCAGCCGCCUUUGCGGGAGCCCCUGUCCGGCUGUGUGGCCAGACGUCAUCAAGCUACCUUACUUCAACACCAUGAAACCUAAGAAGCAAUACCGAAGGCGCCUACGGGAGGAGUUUUCCUUCAUCCCUUCUACUGCUCUUGACCUAUUGGACCAUAUGCUCACGCUGGAUCCCAGUAAACGAUGCACAGCAGAGCAAGCCUUGCAAAGUGACUUCCUGAAGGAUGUUGAUGUCAGCAAGAUGGACCCUCCAGACCUUCCUCACUGGCAAGACUGCCACGAAUUGUGGAGCAAGAAGCGGCGGCGGCAACGGCAGAGUGGGAUCGUGGUAGAGGAGCCCCCCUCGGCCAAGGUUUCCCGAAAGGAGACAGCCUCCGUAAUAAGCACAGAUGCUAUCAAGAAUCACAGCAGUCCUGUACAACCACAGCCUGCUCCGAUCAAAACACAACCUUGUGUUGUAGAUUCAUUCGCAGGCCUCGGUGACAUCACGCAGCAGCUGAAUCAGAGCGAGCUGGCUGUCUUGCUGAACUUGUUGCAGAGCCAGACGGACCUUAGCGUCCCGCAGAUGGCUCAGCUGCUCAACAUCCACUCAAACCCGGAGAUGCAGCAACAGCUGGAAGCCCUCAACCAGUCCAUCACUGCACUCAAUGAAGCCACCACGCAGCCUCAGGACUCUCAGAAAGGGUCCGAAGAGGAAGCAGCUGUUGAGGAGCCGCCCCCGCCAGCCCAGCCGUCAGAAGAGCAAGCCACCCCGGAAGUGGCGAACACUCAGGGAGACAUGCAGAGCAUGUUGGCGGUUUUGCUGAGCCAGCUCAUCAAGACCCAGGAGCCGGCAGGAAUCGUGGAGGAGAACAACGGGGAGAAGAGCAGUGAGCUGCGGGGGCCGCGGAAGACCCCCACUUUGCCUCAGGAGGAAACUACAGCCUGUCCUCACAUUCUCCCACCAGAGAAGAGACCCCCCGAGCCUCCAGGACCUCCUCCGCUGCCGCCGCCGCCGCCACCCAACCUGGCCGAGGAGAACACCUCCAACGCAGCUCAGGACUUUAACCCGGCCGUGACGGCCGCCCUCCUCCACCUUUUAUCCCAGCAAGAGGCAGGGUUGCCGAGCCAGCCAGAGCACGAACCCCAAGCUGUGAGGCCUUCCUCGGAUUAUACCCGGUCGCAAACCUCAUCCAGGACUUACAGCACCGACGGGCCCGAGGGAAGCAGCUUCGAUGUCGACGAGCGGAAUUCCAGCCAGACUUUAACAGCGGAGAUGUCGCCUCAGACCUUGGGGAAAAGUAGGACAUUUCUGGGCUCCACAAGUCACCUUGGGGAGUCAAGCAGCUACCAGGGCGCAGGAUCGGUUGAGUUCCCAGGGGACCAGGAUCUCCGUUUCGCCCGGAUCCCCUUAGGGAUGCAUUCUUCCGUUGGCCAGUCCUUCAUCAAAGCCACCGAGGGGAGCAACAACACACUGGUGCACCCAGAGGCCAAAAUUCACAACUACAGUGAGGUGGGAGUGGCAAACGCUAGUUCUAGUGACACAGGAACAAGUCACACGUGGGGGAACCCGGUCCCAUCCGCUGCUUACGGAAAAGCCUUUCGCGGGCAGAGUAGAUUGCCUCCAAGAGGAGGUCGAGGAAGAGGGGUACCUUACUAAAAAUGACUGGAGAGGGGGGAAUUGGUACCUUUUUUUUCAGUGGUGUUUUACCGUCCUUUUCCCCUCUUGACCUUUCCAGCAGCCAGUUUGUUGGGGCAAGCCAUUGCCCACCUCCAGCCCACCACAGAAAUGGUUUAUUGUUGAUACUUUCCCUUCCUGCUCACCAGACUGCUGCUGCUGCUGCUGUUCGCUCCCCCACUCCACUGUGGGACUUUAGAAUGAAGACCUUGGCCUUUUCCCCCUCUUCCUUUUUUUCUUUUUUUUUUACACAUCUUCCCAUACCCAAAGACCUACUGAUUUGGGUUUUCCCCACUCAAAGAUGGCGGGAGAAGUAAAGAAUCCUUAAAGAAGUCAUAAUAAUAAAUUGGAAACAUGAACCGAAUGUGUUUGCUAGCCUUGAGCCAUUUAUUUGUGAGAGUGAGCCCCGCUGAGAGUCUGGAAAAACUGAAUUGUUUCAUCUGCAGCAGAAUGAGGUGGCAGAAAGAGCCAUACUGCUCCAGAUUGCAGGCUGGGGAACCUCCCUUUUUUGAAUCCAUGCGCACGAACACACACUACAACUUGCCUCCCUGCACACAGAAAGGCUAACAUACCUGGGAGUGAGAUUGUAGCCCAGUCCCUCUCUCCAUUGUGCUAGUCUUGUUGUUUUCCAGGAGGCAAAAUGAUGGGUUUUGGGGAAUAGGAGCAUUCAGAAAAGGACAGUUCCCCCCAAUGGUAAAACUCAUUCUGCCUCAUCGUUCCGCUGUAUGUGUAAGAUCCAGCCUCAGUAUUGCAAAGGCAAUGCGUUGUUUUGUUUUCCUUUGCCUCCUUGAAUUUCAAGAUUUGUCAGAUGGUGCCUACAUACCUUUUAUACUGAAUUGGGAGGAUUUGGUUUAUGUUCUGUAAGAUCCGGAUAUUUCUCUCCCCACCCCCUUCUUAGCCACAUCUUCUUCACAUGAUGAAAAGACAGGAUGCUACCAUUCUUCUCCUGGCUAGCUGUCCCUUGUUUUACUGUGAAAGGCCUCGUGCUCUCUCAUACUCGCCUUCCAGACCUUUAGCUGAACUGAAUUUCUGUAGUGUCCACGAGUCCGUUGACUUUUGGAUGUUUUCUUUUUUUAAAAUUUUCUCUCUUAAGAAUGGUGAGUGUCUUUUUGUUGAAGUUCUUAAGGCCAAAGUAAAUGGCUAAAAAUAAAGUAAAAACCAAAAGCUUUGUAAUCCUUAAGUUCUUCGGGGUGCAGUGAGCUUAAGAUCGAAGCUGAGAGCGGUCGGGGCAGACGGGAGCCCAACAAGCAAGAUCAGCGUUUUCAAUCUUCUGAAUGGUUAACAAGUGUAUACUGUCUCUUGUGCGAUUUCGUUGUUGUCAAUGUUAAAAAGCAGCCCUAUCCGCAGCUUUCCUCACUGAUACUGCAGUGAGGAUCAGUUUAUAUUUAUAUACUUUUAACGGCUUUAGCAGUUCCACCUGCUCUGGUUAAUUCCCCCCCCCCAUUUUUUUUGUAAGACAUAGAUUUUUACUGUGAAGGGCAGCAAGCCUGUUUUUUUUUUUUUGCAAGGGGGGGAGUAGAAACUUGGAAGGGUGGCUAAUUUCUUGGGGGGGGGCAGGGAAUCAUUCCCCUUUUAAACUUGACAGUGUUCAAAGGGGAGAAGCAUGUCAGAAAUUGCAGGGGGCAGAGGGAGUUUUCGCUCCAGCUUCUGGUCUUUACAAAAGAAGAACGGAAUCUUCUUGCUUUCAUAUAAUACAAAAGGAAAAGCUGCCUCUGUAUAGCAUACUGCUGCGGAGGGCAGGGGAAAAUGCCUUAAAACACAUGGACAGGAGAGCCUGGUGUGGUACAAGGGAGUUGAAACGGCCUUUAGAAAGAGUUCUGUGGAGGUUGGGGUAGGCACUGUUAAGUAUAUGUGCCACCUUGUAUUGACAACCCACAACCUGCUUCUUUCAAUUCUGCAAAGUGUAGUAAGUUUGCAAAAUUCCAAGUGUAAAUUUUGUAUGUGUGUUUUUUUAAAUUCAGUUAUGAGUUCAUGCCUAACAUGCAAAGAGAAAAAAGAGAGAGAGAGUACUGUACAUGCAGAAUAUGGUAAAUAAAAAGGAGAGACUUCUCCCAGGCAUUUAUUUAAACAUUUCUCUUUUUUUCUUUUCCCUUCUUCAGUUUCCUGAUGUUUGGGGCCUUGGCAUUUUUAAGCUGUCAUGGAGUUCUCAGACAUGUCUCUCCUCUCCACCUCCCUUCCUCUCUCCAGGGGAAAACACAAUUGCUGCCAUCCAGCCAUGUGGCCAUUAAUUUUCUUUCUUUUUGCUCUUGUCAUAAACCUGCUCACCUGAAAGAAUUUGACCACCCCUUGCAUGCAGGGUCUUGCAGAUUCUGACUUAACAAUGCUUCCUUUACUGCCUCAGAUCCUCCAAGGAUAAACUACUUAGGAAGGUAUACUUUGGUAUGAAGAUUUUCUCCCCCCUCCCUUCUAGUGUUGAGUCUCAGCAGCCAUAAUGUGUAACCUUUACCCAGCUGAGGAAAGUAUGGAGUUUGCAGAAUCCAAUCACUUUUGAGUAUUUAACCCAAAGUAAGGUGUCACCUUGAGUUUCAAGGGAACGAAGGGGGUGCAAAGGAGCUAGCUGAUAAUAAACCUCCCCCUCAUUUUGGCCCCAGAGUUCCCAGCAGCUGCGUUACCAGUUUUCAUACAUGAUGGGGUUAUUAUUAUUCUUUUAAAGGCCCAUGGUGACAUUUCUUGAGCUGCUGCUGCUCAGUUAGAAUGUCACAUGGAACAACUUUGCACCUGAAUUGUUUACUCUUGGGCCACAGCUUACUUUGAAUCUAUGCUAGAUGGUGGGCCUCCUAAGUGUUCAUUGUCACGCAUCCUUUUUGGGUUGUGUGGAAAGGGUGCAUCUUAAGGAGUCGUCGCGCCCAAGUUUAGCGUUUUAGGAGGCAAGAGAGAUUGAAAGGGGAGUAAAUAUGUCCUACACAUGAGGAUCAGGAUCCUAAAAAGUCCCGCUUGGAUAAACUUGGGGACCCUCCUUUGGAGGAUCUAUUUUAAAAAAUUGUGGGGAGAUGUCUGAUCCAUCAGAUGUGGAAAAGUGUACCUAUGCUGUAUUGGGCCAAUUUUAGUUGCUUAACAAAAUUUGAGUAGCACAAAUCCUGGCUUCAGAAAAUCAUGUUUAUGCGUGCACUAUUUCUUACCUGACAGUCACAUGGAACAACUUCACCCCUAACCUGUUACCCCAGGUUAUGGACUUGUGAAAGACCUAACGCAUGUAACAAACAGCACAGGUAGAAGUUGGUAUGGCUUGGAUGCAGCAGUUGAAAGCAUUCAGUUGACACACGCACAAACAGGAAAUAGCUAAUAUGUGUACAACCUGACAAAGCAUGGGCGGACCUUGUCUAUCAGCAGGUACAGCCUAAUCAAAUCUCUCUCUCUUUUUCCCCCCCAGCUUCCACUACCGUACUGGUUAAUUAACACAACAGUUUUACUUGUGAAAUGCCAGCAGCUGGGCAGUGGAAACCCUAAUGGAACAUUGCUAGAGCUCAUUUUCAAAAAAAUUGCACAAACUGGGGGGGGGGAGAGAGAGAGAGAGAGAAGAAAGAUGUCUCUCACAGAUCCCAGCUUUCAGAUUCCCGCCCCACCCUCCUUUUAAAAAUACAUCCCAGAAUGUGGCAGCUAGACUGGUGACUGGGAGCAGCCGCCGAGACCACAUAACACCGGUCUUGAAAGACCUACAUUGGCUCCCAGUACGUUUCUGAGCACAAUUCAAAGUGUUGGUACUGACCUUUAAAGCCUUAAACGGCCUCGGUCCAGUAUACCUGAAGGAGUGUCUCCACCCCCAUCGUUCUGCCCGGACACUCAAGUCCAGUGCCGAGGGCCUUCUGGCGGUUCCCUCGCUGCGAGAAGCCAAGUUGCAGGGAACCAGGCAGAGGGCCUUCUCGGCAGUGGCACCCGCCCUAUGGCACUCCCACCAGAUGUCAAAGAGAACAACAACUACCAGACUUUUAGAAGACAUCUGAAGGCAGCCCUGUUUAGGGAAGCUUUUAAUGUUUAAUAGAUUAUUGUAUUUUAAUAUCCUUCUGGAAGCCGCCCAGAGUGGCUGCGGAAACCCAGCCAGAUGGGCGGGGUAUAAAUAAUAAAUUAUUAUUAUUAUUAUUAUUAUUAGAUACAUAUGAAGUUGUGCAGGGUCUGUCGGCAGAAAACUUCAAUGUACUAUACAGAGAUGGCAGCAGUUUUUAAAUGGAAUUCCAGGAAACUCCUUGGAAAGCUCAUUGGGGUGCCUCACUCAGAAGUUCACUGGUGGCAACCAAGCUUCCCUGAAAUACAGCUGGCUCUCUGCUUCUGAUUUUUUUUCUAUGCAACAUACAGAUUUAGAAGAAUAUUGGGUUGCAUUCUCAGUUCAUAGGAGGCAAGGACAAGACCCAAAAGAUGAGCUCGGUGCCUCACAUGAACUUGGCCAGGAAGUUAAGAGCUAAAUUUGUGGCUCAGCUUGGUUGUCCUUUAUAGUGAAACAAAUUACACUAUUACACAUGCAUGUGUAUGAACUAAGUGUGUGCCCUAAAACAUAACCCUCAUUUCUCUGGUACAUGCAGGAGAACAUAUGUGUAACUCUGAAAGAAGUCCCUGAAGAUGCAAGGUUUGAAAGCCCUUGUCUUGUAGCUACUUUCCCACAAUAAGCUGCUGUUUUCUCCUUGAGUUGUACACAGCUGUGACCCACCACAUAUUCACAUCUCUUCUGUAUUGCUAGAAAUAUAUUCAGCAGGCUACCAAAUUCCGGCUAGUAAGUUCACAGUAGCCUGCAAAUUGAAGCAGGGGAGAAGAUGCAAGAUGCACAGAGUUUCCAUUUCAGUAGAAAUGAUCCAGGUGUAACCAGGAAGUAUCUCCUAUCUGCUCUACUAGGAAUGUACAAGCCUGCUUUGUUGUCCAAGAUCCUUGUGAAUCCUUGGCCAAGGCCAGGGGUCCCCAAACUUACCUCGCCGAGGGCUGGUGCCGCCAGCGCCAAUCGCACUGUGGGCCGGAGCACACGCCCAUACGCAUGCACACGCGAUUUCUGGUGCAGUCCCGGGUUGCUGGAACACCGGAAAUAGCUUAUGCGCAUGGGCCUCCUCCGGCCCGGAAACAUGCCUGACAUGAUGCUUGCGCAUGCACACAAGCUAUUUCCGAUGCUCUGGGGACCAGGAAGUGGGCAGUCGCAUGAUGCAGCGCCGUUAAGAGGGGCGGCGGGGGUUACUGGGGGCCGCAUAAAAGAGCCUCGCGGGCCGCACCCGGCCCCCGGGCCUUAGUUUGGGGAAGCCUGGCCAAGGCCGUGUGUACACUGCAUUUUUUUUUAAAAAAAGUAAAUUUGUGUGUGUGUCCCCCACCAGAAAACACCCCCUACAUUCUAACUUUGGUAUAAAUUAUAAUGCAGUAUUUACUAAUAUAUAACACUGGUUUUGCUAGCCAUGGGGACGGCAAGGAGAUCUGCAGGGCACUCUGCUCAUUGCAGAUCUCAUAUCUCAUUCAGCUGCUUCGGUGGGUUCUGAGAUUUUUGCCAAGCAUUGUGCGUGGCAUACUUCAAAAACAGUAAUUCUAAAUAUUAACAAAAAGAAAAACCACAGGGAAAUACAAGUUAGGCUCAUAAUUAAUACCUAAAUUUUAUAUCUUAUACCAUAGAGCUGCUCCCCCCCCCAAAAAAAUUCCUGUGUUCAUUGUUCGCCCUAUCUUAAAUGUGUAUAUGUAUAGUUAGCCAAUGUUGCCAGACUCCAAGCAUUAACACAGCAAUCUUCUGUAUCUCUAUUCAAAAUAAGCUUGCUGCUUUUAGAAGUGGUCUGAUACCCUUGGGAGUGACCGGGAACUCCUGAGUGUAUCUGAUUGCUGCUGAAAGCAGCCUGUUAGGGUAAGGCACCAAAUUCAGACAGUGCCAACUUCAAGUCAUGACUGCAAAGGAACAUUCCCUUGCAGCCUUGGCUUUCUGUGUCCUGUGCCUGAUGUCAGAUGGGCAUGGCUUGGCCCAAAUGGCAAAGCAAGCCAAAUUAGGAGGGCUGAUCUACCACUGAUUUAAAAUUCAAAUGAAUUUAAAUUUUAAAGGCAGGCUAUAACAGCAUCAGAUCAAUUACAUAUAUAUGAUCUUCCCAUAUGCAUUCACAAGGGCUAGAACGGGCAUCCCCAAACUUCAGCCCUCCAGAUGUUUUGGACUACAAUUCCCAUCUUCCCCGACCACUGGUCCUGUUAGCUAGGGAUCUUGGGAGUUGUAGGCCAAAACAUCUGGAGGGCCGCAGUUUGGGGGUGCCUGGGCUAGAACCAUGCUUCUUUUUUUUCUUAAAUGAAAGUCUAGAAUCUCAGGAAGCUGAAUUCUGUGCCCAUAACCAUAUGUAUUUAGCUGCUCCCGUGGAAAGAGCCCUGCCCAUAGUUUCUCCCAGCUAUCUUCCCAAGCUGCUGUUCACUGGUGCAGCACUUGGUGCAGCCUUACACUGGGGCUGCUACUCUUGAUUUUGCAUUAUUUCUGUCUGCAGAAUUAAUUUUCCUUUAUUUUAAUGCAAAAAGCAGUUAUUUUAUUGUUACGGUUCUCGACCAGCAUACACAUAUAUACACAAAACAAUCCAAAAUACAAUCUAAAAUAUAAGCAAUAAAUAUAAACUCUAACCAUUAUAAAAAUUAUUAGAUAAAAGAAGGUAUCACUACUUGGGAGGGUACAGCAAAUGGUAGCAAUGGAUCAUCUUUGGCUCUGUCCUGAAAUUUUUGGGCACUACUAACUAGGUCAGCUCGGAUUUUUAUGGCUCUAGCACAGAACUUGGCUACCUUUGCUGUCACAUUAGAGUUAGCAUCUGAAAGAAGCAGUGUGCAUAUAUUCUCGACUGCUGACUGCUUUUAAGAAACCAAAUAACUCUGUAAAUGUGUGCAAUUGACAUAAUGUCCUUUGCUCACUGAAAUGUUGGUGAAUAAUCUGUGCCCUCCUCCUGGAGCUGGGGGUGUUGGAGUAAUGGAGUGUUCAUCCUGAAUGUAUCUUCUUGUUUCUUCCAUGGAUCUAAUCAAAUGAGCUUAUCUGGGUUGCAAGAGUCUCACUGUAGUGAGGCUCAACCAGAAAUCAGAUUUCUCAAGAACAAGGACUGUACACAUUCUGAACAAGUUCAUUAGAUAUUGUUUCUUCCAUCACUUGGAGCAGGUCCCCAGCCCCCCAGCCCACCCUCGAAGGAGAUCACUAUCAUGUAAUUUUCUUCUCUGGCCUAUCUCCUGCAUGAUAUCUUGUAUGUGUUGAACAUGUUCAUUCUUCUCCCACAGAACCGGAAUGAUUUGUCCCUCCAUAAUAUAGAUAUUAUUAUUUUUUUAUUUUCAUUAUUUAUUAUUUAUCCCCCGCCACUCUGGGCGGCUUCCAACAAUUACCAAAAUACAUUAAAAUAUCACAGAUUAAAAACUUUCCUAAACAGGGCUGUUUCAAAUACCCCAACACUGCUUAGAGCAGGUAUGAAGAAACUGAGCCUCCGGAUGUUGUUGGAUUCCAACCUCCAUCAGUCUUGGCCAGGAUCACCAAUGGAUGAUAGGAAGUGGGAGUCCAGGAACAUCCGGAGGGGAACAGGUUGCCUGUCUCUGGUUGAAAGCAUUGUCUCUCCCACCCCUCCUAGAAAACUGGUUCAUCCACUUUUCAGAUCUAAUAAAUAAUAAAUAAACCUAAUAAAUAAACCACUGCUUCACAGUAACUUGUUCCUGGUUUUGUUUAGCUGGAUGGUAUGCUGGGGACGCGGGUGGCGCUGUGGUCUAAACCACUGAGCCUUGGGCUUGCCGAUCGGAAGGUCAGCGGUUCGAAUCCCCGCGAUGGGGUGAGCUCCCGUUGCUCGGUCCCAGCGCCUGCCAACCUAGCAGUUCGAAAGCAUGUCAAGUGCAAGUAGAUAAAUAGGUACCACUCUGGUGGGAAGGUAAACGGUGUUUCCGUGCGCUGCUCUGGUUCGCUAGAAGUGGCUUAGUCAUGCUGGCCACAUGACCCGGAAAAACUCUCUGCAGACAAAUGCCUGCUCCCUCGGCCAAUAACGCGAGAUGAGCGCCGCAACCCCAGAGUCGGUCACGACUGGACCUAAUGGUCAGGGGUCCCUUUACCUUUACCUUUUUAUGCUGGGUUUAUAGAAAUCCAUAGAAAAGAUGAAAGAUAUACCGCCAACAAGAAGGGAACUCAGUCUUGCGAGCUGUCCUGCGGGCAGAAAUCACAUGUGGUAAACGUGGCACAGAUCUUGUAAAACACCAUGACUUUCAUUUUGGAAAAAUGCAGAGGGGCUGGUUUGUUCAUUCUUCCGUACUUCUUAAUCCUGUUCCCCAAUGACACAUGGUGUAUGUUCUAGUCCAGGCAUCCCCAAACUUUGGCCCUCCAGAUGUUUUGGACUACAAUUCCCAUCUUCCCCGACCACUGGCCCUGUUAGCUAGGGAUCAUGGGAGUUGUAGGCCAAAACACCUGGAGGGCCACAGUUUGGGGAUGCCUGUUCUAGUCUUUUGCACUUAUUCUCAUUUGUUCCUCUUGCCAUUGCCAUCCUUGCAGCACAAUUCAGCUUGCACAGCCCUUUGAUAAUAUUAAUAAUCAGCCUCCACCACCAACACACACAGAGAUAUUUUGCCUCCACAGUUAACAGUCAGUGUAUGAAGCGAGUUUGCCCUACCCUAAUCACUGGGCUGGAUCACAAAUGCAUGUGCAUCGCUUAAUGACUGUACACUUGAGGGUGGCUGAAUGUGAGAACUGCCUCCAUUGGCCAAUCAGAAAGUUCCACCUGUGCUGUUUAGACCUCCGACAGCUCCUUUGUAUGUGAGAACCCUCCAGCAAUUUUGCAGUCCUCAAGUGAUGAAUGUACGUGUGAGAAUGAACCAACCCCUGGCCUGGCAUGGGGACCAGUGUGGUGGUGAGUGUUGGACUGAGGAGACUGCUUCAGAUCCCUCCACCCUCAGUCAUGAAACUCACUCGGUGACCUAGGGCCAGGUCCUGUCAUAUAGUGUAACCUAUUUCACUGUGUUGUGAGGAUUUAAAAUGAAGGGGUUGGGGAGGGGGCAUUUGUGCUGCUUUGAUCACCCAGGGGAAAAGGCAGGAUAGAGAUGUAGUAAAUUAAUAAUCCUUGAUUUCUCUAGGCACAGACUUCGCAGGGAUUUUGUUCAGAAUGUUUUCAGCCUCUUCUUGACAAUGUCCUCCAAUAUACCUGGUUAUUUGUUGACAAUGCUUCGGAUGACUUGUUGCAAGUUUUGAAAGCUUGCAAAUGCUUUAAAGCAGCUACAACUAAUGCAAUGAAAGUGAUGUUAAUUUACAUUUCUUAUUUUAUCUUCUAAAAAAUUCCAUUUUGCCCACCAUGGCUCCAUAAAGCCCAUAAUACAUAUAUAGCUCUUAAGCGCUUGGAGCAGCUAAGUGCUCUCGGUAAUCCCUCUAAUCCCACUGCAACUAAGGUAAGGCAGUGUUGUUACACCUGUACAGAGUUACCAGGUAUCUUGAGAGAUUAGGGCAUGUAGGCCAAAAGCAGAAAAUGUCACCUGGUGACUCAAGUGUGGACCUUGGUGCCCAUGGCAUCAAACCAGUGUGGUGUAGUGGUUAGAGUAUUGAACUGGGAGUGUUGGGGGACCAGGAUUCAAAUCCCCACACAGCCAUGAAGCUCCCUGGGCGACCUUGGGCCAGUCGCUACCUCUUGGACUAACCUACCUCACUGGGUUGUGGAGCUGAAAAGUCCCAACUGGGGACUUCUGGUUCAUAGCUCACGCUUUUAACUCCUAAGCUCAUUGGUUACAUCUAGCUUAUAUAUUAUAACCACCCUUGCUUUUUCU